AUGUCUAUUCAAACAAUCAAUCAAAACAAGGACUUGAAAGGUCUAUCCUUAAUAGCUGCCCAUUCACAUAUUUCAGGUCUUGGUUUAGAUGACAAUUUACAACCAAGAGAACAAUCCAGUCAAGGGAUGGUUGGACAAUUCAGAGCCAGAAAAGCAGCUGGUGUUAUAUUGAAGAUGGUUGAAAAUGGUUCAAUCGCAGGUCGUGCAGUUUUGAUUGCCGGUCCGCCAUCAACUGGUAAAACUGCUAUUGCCAUGGGUCUCUCACAAUCAUUAGGUAAAGAUGUUCCAUUUACUGCUAUUGCAGGUUCAGAAAUCUUUUCACUAGAAUUGAGUAAAACUGAAGCUUUAACCCAAGCUUUCAGAAAAUCAAUUGGUGUUAAAAUCAAAGAAGAAACUGAAUUAAUUGAAGGUGAAGUUGUUGAAAUUCAAAUCGAUAGAUCUAUCACCGGAGGUCAUAAACAAGGUAAAUUAACUAUAAAGACCACAGAUAUGGAAACUAUUUAUGAGUUGGGUAACAAAAUGAUUGAUGGUUUAACUUCAGAAAAAGUUUUAGCUGGUGAUGUUAUUUCUAUUGAUAAAUCUUCAGGUAAAAUAACAAAAUUGGGUAGAUCAUUCACUAGAUCCAGAGAUUAUGAUGCUAUGGGACCAGACACUAAAUUUGUUCAAUGUCCAGAAGGUGAAUUACAAACCCGUAAAACAGUUGUUCAUACUGUUUCUUUACAUGAAAUUGAUGUUAUAAAUUCAAGAUCACAAGGAUUUUUAGCGUUAUUCAGUGGUGAUACAGGUGAAAUCAGAUCAGAAGUUAGAGACCAAAUCAACACCAAAGUUGCUGAGUGGAAAGAAGAAGGUAAAGCUGAGAUAGUUCCAGGUGUUUUAUUUAUUGAUGAAGUUCAUAUGUUGGAUAUUGAAUCAUUUUCAUUUAUUAACAGAGCUUUAGAAGAUGAGUUUGCUCCAAUUGUGAUAAUGGCAACUAACAGAGGUGUUACCAAGACAAGGGGUACAAAUUACAAAUCACCACAUGGUUUACCAUUAGAUUUAUUGGAUAGAUCAAUUAUUAUUCAAACUUCAAGUUAUAAUGAGGAAGAAAUCAAACAAAUCAUAUCAAUCAGAGCACAAGAGGAAGAAGUUGAUUUACAUCCAGAUGCAUUGAACUUAUUGACCAAAAUUGGACAAGAGACAAGUUUACGUUAUGCUUCAAACUUGAUUUCAGUUUCUAAUCAACUAGCAUUGAAAAGAAGAAGUGAUGUUGUUGAAUUAGAAGACAUUAAUAGAAGUUAUAUCUUAUUUUUGGACUCUGCAAGAUCCGUUGCUUAUCUACAAGAGUUUUCAGACCAAUACAUUGAUGAUACUGGUAAUGUUAAUAUCGGUGGUCACACAUCUAAAGUUGAAGCAGCACCAGCAGCUACAGCAAGUAAUGGUGAUGCCAUGGACACCAGUGCUUGA